ACAGAUAAUUUAGAUGUCUACUAUAAAAACAUUAAAUUAAUGAAUAGAGAUUUGAAGCGAUAACGUUAUAUUAUCCAGAAAAACGUGCUCCAGAUUGGGCCACGAAAUGAGAAUGAAGACUCGCGUUAUGACACAUUUUCGAUCUGCUGUGUGCGGAAGUAAGAGUGUUUUGCACCUCAUCAACGACUCUGGGUCAUUUAAAGAGAUAAUCGUGCCCUCACUUAAAUUUAAGAAUUCUUAUACCUAUUCCCCAAAGAAUAUAUUUCAAGAGCUUUAACACAAUUUUUAAAACUGCUUCUCUACUUAUUGUUACGAUAUAUCUUGUGAAAGUUCAAAAAAUUUGACUAACCUCUCAAUUUGCUCGUUUACAUAAUGGCCUAUGCUCGAAAUCAAUUCCUUUCACUGAUGUUCAGUGUUAUACUUAAACCUGUUCGCGUUUUGGAGAACCAGAAAUACGAGUACGAUCAAAAUUCCUUGAAGAUGGCCGAAAUUAUUCCCGACGUCAUUGACUUUGCACCGGAAAAAGCAAUCAAGGUAAUAUAUCCCAACAAUGUGGUCGUCAAUUUUGGAAAUAAUUUAAGUCAAAGUGACAUCAGUGCAGCACCAUCUACAGUUGAAUGGUCUGCUGUUGGGACCUCUUUGUACACUUUAAUAAUGACAGAUCCGGAUGUUCCUUGUCGGAAGCACCCGACGCAGCGAGAAUGGGUACAUUGGUUGAUAUCUAACAUUCCGGGAAACGAAUGGAAGAAGGGGUCGACCGUUUGCCGUUAUAUCAAUCCACCGAAAGCAGUAGACGGCACAAGAUACGUUUUCUUAGUUUAUCUACAGCCAAACAACCAACCUCUUCAGUACGAAGACAUGGAGAAAGAAGGCAGUUUGCACCGGCUUUCUUUCUCUGUUCGGGAAUUUUCAAAGAAGUAUUCUUUGGGAGAACCGAUAGCCGUGAAUUUCUUCGAAAUUCCAUACAAUGACGCGGAAAAAAUGGAGGAAAGGAAAAGGAAUGAGCAGAUCCGACAUAACAGAAAACAUCCACCAACCAGAACAACUACGCCUACAACUACCACGGAGUCUUACUUGCAUUUAAAUAAUCCUCAUGCUAGUUGGUAAAAUAUUGGAAGAAUGCGAGAUAUCCCCUGCAAAAUUAAACAAUUGAAAGACAUAAUGUUUGGCCCCUUUUUUCUGUAAGCUCUGACCACAGAGACGUCUAUCAUUCCUCAGUUAUUAUUUUUAGUGUCAAAAUUUGUUCUGGUAGUUUUGGAUCCUGCAAUCCUCAUGGUGAUGUUGUAUGACAAUGAUGUUAGCAUGUAGUGAGUCCCACGAAUUUUUAUGGAAAAUUGUGUUUUGGACUGCCGGACAAUUUUAUCAUGCGUGUCCAAGAGGGACUCAUUGACUAGGUAAUUAUUUUGGACAAUUAUGAUCAAUACAAUCAUAUUUCUCUCUAAUGUUAAAAUGUCCUCUCGUCGAUAACACUGUUUGAAUAGAGUCUGUUCCACGCAAGAAAUGCAGCCAAAUUAAUGUACUCUUCACGGGUAAAAUCGCACGUCCACAUAACCGAAAGAAAUAGUUUGUGUAACAGUGUGUUCUACUUUUCAUAUUGACACAAAAUGUUGAUUACUUUCUCUCACUGGUUGGCUUUUUGUCACAGGCCGAGACUUUCUACGAGACUUUUGUUUAUUAUUGACGUCGUGCUACUCAGGUAGUGAACUAUGUUGCUAUAAGUUGUGAGAAUUAGAUUACAAAUGAAACAUGUAGUUCCAAAAUUUGCUGAGAGAAUGUUUUCAUUUUUUAAAAGAAUAAUGCAGUCACGAGAAUUGUCCAAAACUAAAGUGCAAGCACGAGCAAUGAAUGGCCGAAGGAUUUUUGACGUCCUGUGGGAAACUGCACAAUGGCAAUAUUCUAAAAUCUCAUUAUAUUGUUACAUGUUAUUUUAAAAAAAAAUAGUUGUUUUUUAUUUGUA